AUGCCUGAUUCUCCGCAUAUAGAAGAGGCAAAUCCCUUGUUACGCGAAUCUGAAAGUGACUAUCGCAGUAGUUUCGAAUACUCCUGCAACGAGAUUGACUUCGAACGAAAUGGGGACUCGGAAAAUCCACUUGACUGGCCAUACUCCUUCAAAUGCGGUAUUGUGGCCUUGUUAUCUUUUAUGGGCUUCACCAUCACAUUCACUUGCAUCUCGAUAGUCCCAAUAGCAGGCCACAUAAUUGAGGAUCUCAACGGCGGCGUCGAGGCAAAGUCUGCCGCUGUGAUGCUUGUAACAAUAUGGGAGCUUGGCGAGGCAAUUGGCCCCUUCUUCAUCGCACCACUUUCUGAAAUGUUCGGGCGUUACCGCCUCUACUUGACGAUGAACACGAUGUUCCUAAUGACCAUUUUAUUCGCGGCUUUAUCGCCGAGCACAGAACUACUCAUUGUUUCCCGUGCACUGAUGGGCAUCUCGGUUGCUUCAAAUGUGUUGAACCCUGCCAUUGUUGGGGAUAUGUUCAUACCCGAGCAAAGGGGCACUGCCGUUAGUCUGAUAAUGUUUAUUCCACUCAUCGGCGGCACCGUGGGUCCUGUCUUUAGUGGUGUUAUCGUGCAAAGUCUAGGUUGGCGCACUAUUAUAUGGAUCAGUUUUGCCAUGGCAAGUAUUUGCCAGCUCUUUUUCUUCCUCUUUUUUCGAGAAACAUACAAAGUCCAGAUUCUCAAGCAGAAGGCAAUGGUGCUACAGUCUAAGAAAGGGAGCUCGAUCAACAACUCCGAGAAAAAUACACGCGCCAAGCUAGAGUUGAACGGCUUGCGAGAUUCCAUUAUGCGUCCCAUAAUGGUUCUUUAUGAUUCGAGUGUGUUAGGGGCCCUCUUGUUAUUUGGCUCCUUCAUAUUCGCUCACUUCUACAUCGUGUCUACGACCCUUCCGGAUAUCCUGGAGAAAAUAUAUGGAUUGUCCCCAACUGCAACAGGGCUGGCUUUCAUAGCAAAUGGCCUUGGCACAGUGAUCAGUUUCAUUAUUUCAAAAGUCUUCCUCGAUAAGAUAUAUGUCAAGCUUCGCGCCCUCAAUAAUGGGAUUGGUCUACCCGAGUACCGUCUACCGUUGAGCAUCAUCGGAGCCCUCACACUCCCCCCUGCAGUGAUGUUGUAUGGAUGGUGUGCCGAGUACAGGUUACCCUUGCCUAUUCUAUUAUUUACAAUGAUAUGGCUUCGCACUUCAAUAAUGCUGGCAACCUCGCCGUUGACCGCGUACAUUGUGGAUGCCUGCGGUCAUUAUUCGGCAUCUGCAAUGGCUGGCCUCAUAUCAAUUAGAUGCUUAGCUGGUGCGUUCUUGCCGCUUUCAAUGGCACGGUUAACUGACAGGCUUGGCUACGGUGGGGGAUUUUCUGUCUUUGGGAUUCUGGACAUCAUUUUUGCUCUCAUUCCUGUACUGGUUGUGCGUUAUGGUGCACAGUGGAGACAGCGCUCACGGUAUACUGCAAGUACUUUGUAUUAA